AUGGCGGAAGUCGAAGCUGCUUCGGCAGCAGAAGUUCUCGCUGGACUCCCCAGGGAUGCUGACUUGGCUGACGUGGCCGAUAGGCUAAGAUCUCUGCACAGCUGGCUGUACGAACCAAGGCUGGUGACACGCACUCUAGCUCGCUUGGCGGCAUCCCAGGCAUCAACUGCACUUCAGGUCUUGAAUUACAUGCAAUCUCAGAAGAUCGAGUCCAAUGCAUUCCACUACACUGCUGUAAUAGCUGGCUGUGCGCGCAGCGGCUCCUGGAGGGUAGUAGGAAGCUUGCUGCAGCAAAUGGUUGAACAGCAAAUUCAACGGGACUCAGUGACAUUUAAUAGUGCGAUCAAUGCAUGUGGGAAGAGCGCACAAUGGGAAACCUCCGUGCUAUUAUUGAAACGCAUGGUGGACAGCAAUCUGACCCUGGGCACCGACACCAUGAACUCUGUGAUGGGAGCCUGUACUGCAGCAGGUCAGUGGGAAUGGGCCCUUUGGAUGUUUGGGACGACGUUGGGAUCCUUGAGUCCGGAUGUGAUCACCUUUUGUUCAGCACUGGCUGCUUGUGACAAGGGCAGUCAGUGGAGGCGCUCUUUACAGGUGUUGGCAUCCAGUGCUUCAAGCUCUGUGCAGUUGGACAACUUCGCUUACAGCGCCGUGAUUUCGGCUUGUGCCACUGCAGAGCGUUGGGAGUUUGCCUGUGGCCUUCUUGAGAACCUGGGGAAGAAAGCAGUGUUAGCAGAUCUGGUGACGCAUGGUGCGGUCCUGAAAGCCCUGGGUGCUGGGAAGGAAUGGGCCAUGGCACUGGCACUUUUUUUUGACCGAACAAACCAUGAACUCAGUGAGGUGACCCAGGUGACCUGCAACAGUGUCAUCAAUGCAUGCUCUACAGGAAGUCAAUGGCAGCACGCUUGUUUGCUGUUGAACUCCAUGCCGGACCUUGGAGUUUCACCGGAAGAUGUGAGUUACAACACGGCCAUUAGUGGAUGUGUCCGAGGCCAUGCCUGGCAGCAGGGCUUGAUGCUGUUCAACCAGAUGCACCAAGCGUUGGUGGAGCCCGACCAUAUCAGCUUCAACAGUGCACUCAGUGCCUGUCACAAGGGUAGCCAGUGGCAGCUUGGGCUCACCUUACUGGAAGAGAUGUCAGAAUGUAGCCUUCAGCCUGAUGAGUUUAGUGUCACAACAGCCUUGAGUGCCUGUGAACUUGCUGGCUGGCAACUGUGCCUCCAGGUGCUCUGGAAGCUUGAGAGGCGCACAGACGUCACGCCGAUCAUGUUCGGGGUGCUGAUGAGCGCUUGCGAGCGCGACAGUGCCUGGGCAGCUGCCCUAGCCACCUUGGAUGCCAUCAUCUCAAAAGACCUGAUCCCAGACGCUUUACACGCAGGAUCUGCGGCCAAUGCCCUGCGCAAAUGCCAGGGGCCACAAGCAGCUCUGGAGCUCCUGGGGCAGAUAAAGGAACUUUGGAGUGAUGCGUGGGCAACAGCAGAGCACUUUCCAGGAAAGCCGAGGUGGGAAGCAUCUAGUAAGAUCAUUCAGGUUGGUCAAGGAGUGGUGGCAUGUUUCAAGCCAGCUGGGAUUGCCACGGAGGUUUUUGUGGAGGAUUUGGCUGAUGAGGUGGCGGUAUCCAAGGAGGCGUUUAGCAUAGUGUCCAGGUUGGAUCAUCCAACUUCUGGCAUUUUGAUGGUAGCACUGGGCUUGCAAGGUUCUCCAGCUGCCAAUUGGCUGCAGGGGCAAUUUGCCAGCCGCUUGGUUGACAAGAAGUACAUUUGCCUUUGUGAAGGUUUGCCCUUGGGCAGUGUUGGUGCCACGGGCAACAUUUUUAGCCCGUUGGCUGCAGAUGAGGUUCGCGAUUGCAUGGUGGUGCCAGAGGCAGGUCGUUUGGGUCGUGAAUCUUGGACAAAGUACCGGAUCCUCGCCAGGUACACAGCCCAGGAGGCUUCACCCUAUGAGCUGAUGUUGCUGGAAGUGAAGCCCAUCACUGGGCGAACGCAUCAGAUCAGAGUUCACAUGGCCCACUUGGGUCGUCCACUGGUAGGUGACCUGACCUAUGGGGCCAAAGACCUUUCAAUUCUUCCGUGUGAGCGGCUCUUCCUGCACUGUCGGCGGGUUCAGUUGCACGAUUUUUCGGACCAGAUGUUUUGCGCCGUUGCCAGCUUGCCUUUUGAACUGCGGCAAGUUCUCGCAAAGUUGCAGCUCAUGCCGGCUGCAUCCGGCCGCAAAAACGGCCUCUGCCGGGCAAAGGAGCCUGCUCCUUUCAGCGCCUCGACUUGGGACAGGCUACCUGAAGCUGCUACCAGCUCGCUGGCCAGCAAUCUUGGCAUACCAGACCUGAAGCAAUGUUGGCAAACGAGCCCGCGGUGGCAACGCAGCCUUUGGUCACCUUACAUGGAGUCUGAACUCUGGAACAGGGAUUUGGGGAAGCUCCGUGGCAUGACAUGGAGGGUUUUGCUUCUUGAAGGGCUGAACCCCAAGGCAUCGCAAGACUUUUCCGCUUCUCUUAGGGCUCCGUGUCCAUACGAUGGAGUGAUCCGUCGCGACCUGGCCCGGACACUGCCCAAGGAAGAGCUCUUCAGGGAGAAAGAUGGCAAAGGGCAGCAGAGUUUGUUUCGAAUUCUCCGAGCGCUUGCAGUGCACUUGUGGGACAUUGGAUAUGUCCAGAGUCUCAACUUCGUGGUCGCAACGCUCAUUGUAGUUUUGUCAGAAGAGUCAGAGGAUGUGAUCUUCCGCUGCGCGCAAGCGCUGCUUUUCCGCCACUCACUGGCCGAUUUCUACAGGCCACGUUUUCCCAAAUUGGGGGUGACAGUCUGGCAGUUUGACCGCAUUGUAGAAGCCUUCCUUCCUGAUGUUCAUGCUGUUCUUGAAGUGAAUGGGGUGACGGCUGAGUACUAUGCAAUGCAGUGGUUCCUGACCCUUUUUGCUAGCGACCUUCCACAACGUACAGUGCACCGAAUAUGGGACAGAUUUUUAAUUGCUGGAUGGCAAGUGGUCGUGCAGGUGGGUCUUGCGCUGCUGAAGCAAGUGGCCGAUGUGUUGCAAUCACUGGAUGCGUGUGAGACACUGACAUUCCUCAAGAAGUUCGUGCGGAUGAGACGUUUUGAGCCUGAAGUCCUUCUAGCUGAUGCGAUGCAGUUCGAAGUAUCUCAUCAGAUGCUCUCAGCACUCGAGGCGGCAUACAGUUGGGAGAAAAGCGACGCAGAGCCGAAGUUGGUGUUACGGAGGGAAGGGAAGCUUUUCUGGGAAGUGAGACGUGUGCAAACUGAGCAGAGGCACAUCGACGAAGCUCCAAAGCGUAUAAGUCAGGCUGCACAGGCGAAUCUCCUUCCGUUUCUUUUGCACAACCUCGACACGGGCGAAACCACCAUCCUCGAAGAGGAGUGGAAUACGUACUUUCGACAUUGGGGCAUGACCCUGAAUGCAAGCUGGAGGCAGCGACCGCGGCUGUCGCUAUGCACAAGGCCGAAGGCGCCGCUGCUCUCAGUGGCAGCCACUGGCUGGAAGGGCGACAACGUGAGGCCCUUCGUGCACUGGGAAAGGCUGGAAGCUCGUGAAAUUCAUGGUGUGGAUAGAAGCCUCAGAUACCCUCUGGUAAACUAA